UUGAGGGCAGUGAUCUUGUAAUGUCAAGCUACCCAACACUGGUGGGAAUAACAUAAAGUCAUCGUUUUCCUCUGGAUUGAUGAGUGGUACAUGUUCAGGUUCAAUUAUUCCUGACUUGUGUUGUUUAUGUAUUUCAUCUUUCCAUCAGGUUCUGACUCUUUCUGCACCAAAUCCUAAAAUUCAACAAAAUUCUGACAUCAUGGAAGUAUCCCCAAAUGUUCCCAAGCGCAAAAAGGGCGUUGUCCAAUCAGAAUGCCCAAUUCCAGCGGAGGAGGACCCUGCAGAUGCCCUCGGCAACACAGAUCCCAAUGCCAACUGGGGGGCGGAGCCUAACUUUAACCUCAACCUGGCUUUGCCAAGAAACCCCCGCACUGAGACCUCAAAGCUGCAUGGAGGGAACAAAAAGGACAAUGGGAAUAAAGGAGGUGGGAGACCUGGGGCAAAAGGGGCAGUUACUAUGGCAACUGGCAAGUCAGCAAGCAGCCCGGGAACCCCUGUGAUGUCACCAGGGGAAAGAGAUGAUCCAUCACGGCAAAAAAGCAAAAUUCCAGCACUGUCUCGCUCACCAACAGCCGAGGCUUUGUUGAACUGCCGAGUUGAGCAUCGGCUGAAAUCCCCCAACGCCAAACACACUCCGACACUCAGCCCCAAGACGCACACACACAGCAACAUGGCUGUAAGUCCAAAACCCCACCGGGUGGAACAAGCGACGAUCGCCAACAGCCCCAGAACGACUGAAAGAGUCAAAAUACAAAUAUCAAGAGUGGAAUCUGCAAGCGUCUCUGACCCCAAACCACUUACACUGACAACUGAACUGACAACAAAGACUACAAAUAAAAUAACAGUUAGCCCAAAAAUGCAAACGAAAAGGAAAGACGAGGGUGAAAAGGAAGUUGGCCUCGCUACACCGUCACCCAAAACACUUCAUCUUCCUGUUAGCGCAAGAGUCCAGCAUCAGAAAGGAGAUUCAAGCGUUAUCAGCCCAAAAUCGGCCAAUCGAACCCCAACAAUGAUGGCCAAAACCCCCAAACCAGACCCAGCAGGCACAAAGGCAAAUGAGCAGACCAGAAAUGACUCAAGAACUCAAAAUCAGAGGGCUGAUGUGGCUCUGCUCAGCCACAAGACCCCUCAACCCAGUUCUCUGAGUCCUAAACCGUCCACUCAGAGGAAAGCACCUGGGUCCAGAAACAAUAACGCAUCAGGUUCCAAGGAGAAUCUUGAUAGCCAAGAUUCAAGUGUUGGUUCUGGAUCCAAAACCAGUUCAAGUUCUAAAGCGACAUCAGCCAAGGACAGUCUGGAUUCAAAAACUGGCUCAGAUUCCAAACCCAGUCCCACCACAAAAACCACAAUGGGCUCCAAAGACAGCCUGGAUUCUAAAAGUGGCUCUGCUUCCAAAACCAGUUUGGGAUCAAAAGACAGCCUAGACUCCAAAACUGGCUCUAAUUCCAAAGCCAGUCCCAAUUCUAAGUCUGGGAUGGGUUCUGGAGAUAGCCUUGACUCUAAAACUACAACAGAAAUCAAAGAAAGCAAAACCAGUCCUAAUCCAAAGACAGUUGUGGGUUCUAAAACUGGAAUUGGGUCAAAGGACAACCUGGAUCCUAAAGCACAGAUUCCUGAGUCUAAUCAAAGCUCUAAUUCUGAUGCUCUUUCCAGUUCUAAACCUGGUCCAACACGUUCGACUUCUAAACCAUCUCUGGUGGUCUCUGGCUCCAACAUGGGCCUCGUUGGAUCUGUCUCCCCAUCGCCCUCUAGAACUGGUCUGUCUAACAACCUCAAGACCACAGCCUCCACUUCCAAACCCAGUCCUGAUCCUAAAGCUGGUUUGGAUUCUUCCAAACCUGGACCAGUUCGAUCUAGUUCAAAGACAGCUCUGGCAGAUGUGUUGCUCUCUCCUAGACCAAAUUCAGCAAGUAGGAGUCCUGGGUCUGGUCCUAGUAAAACCCUUGGUUCUGUUCGAGCUGGACCUAACAGGGAGGUCCUGAGGAGUCCUGGUUCUGCUCCAGGUUCUGGUCUGUUGGCUCCUCUGUCCAGCUCCAGCCCAAAAAACAGAACCACUGUUGCCAUCACAAUGAAGGGAGGAUCCACACCAGAGCCUGUGGCAGCUGGAUCUGUUGCUGUGGAAACCAACCCCAGAGAGACAACCCAUAAUACCAGUCUUACUCGGGGCCUCACCUUUGAUUCGAUCACCAAGACAUCGGUGAAAGCAGGCGCUGCCAACGAGCAGCACGUGAAACUGCCGGAGACCAAAGCAACAGCUGCAGGAGGACCGGGGGUAUCCCAGGGGGCCGUGCGAGGGGUAAAUGUGACUGAUCAGGCAGGGUUGGCGCCGCAUAGCCCGCUGAGCAAACCAAGUCACCUGGGAGACACAAAUGCCACCACAGCUGGUAGCGCCAUCACGUCGUCAAGGGCAACGGGUUUAGAGAAUAAGAAAGAAGAGAAGAAGAAGCAGGAGAUGGUUAAACAGAAAGAUGGCCCAGGGAGUUCUUCUUCUCUUCCUCCUCCUCCACAGCAGUCCACUCAUCAACCAAGCUCCAAGGCCAUAAGGGAGACUGCCGCCCUGACCAGCCCCAAUGAGGGGCUCCAUCUGCAGGGAAGAGGGCGGAGAGAGGUGGGUGUCCAAGUGGAGGUGGAGGUGGUCGAACGCUCGGUGUCGACCAGCGCCAGCCUGCACAGGGGAACUCCCACCUCCUCUAUAAUUGGCUCUUCCAGCUCUCAGUCAGGUGGUUUGACCUCGCCGACGGUCCCGUUGCUAUGCUGCAUCCCUGACGGUGAGCAGCCACUCAAGCAUAUCUGCAAGAUCGACAUUGAGCUGCGCAGCCAAUCGGUGCUUCCCUCUGCUGUGUCUGACAAGGCGAGUUCCCUCCCCGCCUGCCUACGUACAUACAGCUUCCAGCAGAACCCAGCCCUCACGUCAGAACUUCAACACGGACAACACCAAGACAGAGACGCGAGUGCAGACAGCAUCUGGGAGGAGGACGAGGACAAAGUACCAAGGGAGCAAAACAAGGAGGACGAGGAAGAGACGGUGAGGCCACAGGAGGUGGCGUGGGACAAACAGGGGAUGACGUGGGAGGUGUACGGCGCCUCGGUCGACCUGGAGUGCCUCGGCUCGGCGAUCCAGUCCCACCUGGAGACAAAGAUUCGGGAGCAGCAGAAACACAUCACCACUCUGAGGAAGUCCAUCUGCUCCAACAGCAGCACCGGACUUUGUAAGAUGAGGAAGAGGAAGAAGAAGCGAGGAGGGAUUCUGGGAUGCUGCAGGAAGGCGCCGGCUGUGGCAGACUAGUCCAGAGAGUUCAAAUCUUAAACACAAAACUGUAAAUACACUUAUACCGUGUAGCGUCACACCUUCUGUCUGACAGGCCUGUAUGUGUCGCACCAUAUAUACCUGCUCUGAUUAAUACGAUUGAUUCUGUCACUGGGGGUUCUCUCAGUGAGAACAAUAAGGAAAGGUGUAGUUUGAUGACGUUGUGAAGUGUAACGGGAUCAUCAAGAUGGUGGUUCCACUCCCACCAUUGACUUAGACAUAAAUGUGCACAUAUGAGAUAAUAUUUUAAAGUUUUAUCCACCUUUAGUCACAUUCACUGACUUCCCUCCUCGGUCUCUGACGUGUGAUCUCAGUAACCAAGUGAAAAUCUCUCUGUGAACACAGUCGGAAAUAUUUGCGAUAAUGUAGCACAAAAGUAAACAGAACAUCUAACAAAGCUCCAGCUGUUUUUCAAACAUUUCAGUGUGAUAAUAUUGAUGUUUUAAUGUGAUAAAGUUAGAUAUUGUAACUUUAAUACUUCCUCACACAAAAGAGCAAUCAAAUUCACAUCCUAUGAAGGGGAAAUAUAUUUAUUUUUAGUCAAAUCUUUGUUUUUAAAGGCUGUGAAAGAAUCAAACGUGAGAGACGUUUGUCAAUAAAAACAGAGAGAGGCAUUUAUUCUUUAGAAGUAAAACAUUUAAAUUACAAAGAGUUCAUGUGGCUAAAUGGGGUUAUUUUUAAAAAGGGAAAGGGGUUUUUAAUACAAAGAUUAUUGAGAUUACUGUGUGACAUAAAGGUUCUUUAAAAAAUUGUUCAAGCAUUGUAUGAAUUAUACUGUCUUGCUUUCUUUUGGAGAGUUAGACAAGAAGACUUUCAUGAGAGUGAGUUUACUUUCAGUCUUUGAGGAGCAGUGAGGAGGACAGCAGCUCCCUGCUCCUCACUGCUGGUUAAUAUUUCAUCUACUUCCUUUUUCAUGAAAACGAAAUGUUGCACAAACCACUCAAGCACUCAGGAGGCCAAGACAGAGUGUGUGUGUGUUUAAUUGUUCUUGCAAAUUUAUCAGGUGGAAAGUCACUUUACUUCCUCCAUCCCUUGUCCUUUCCUGUCCUUUCCUUCUCUGUUGUUUCCUUUCUUUUCCUUUCCUCACUGUUCCUUUGCAUUCCUUUUCUU